AUGGAGAUGGCCGCGGCGGCGAAGGGGCCUAGUGCCCCGGAGUGGCGGGUGACGGUGCCGGAGGGUGCCUCGGUGGCGGUGGAGCACGAGGCCUGCCGGGCCGCGCGGGCGUGGGCGUGGCUGGUCUCGUGCGUGCUCACGUUCAGGGACAGGGUGCUCGGGUUCGGCAGGCGUGUCUGGAGGAUCGGCGCCGACGACCCCAGGAGGGCGGUGCACGGCCUCAAGGUCGGCCUCGCCCUCACGCUGGUCUCCGUGUUCUACUACACCAGGCCCCUCUACGACGGCGUCGGCGGCGCGGCCAUGUGGGCCGUCCUCACCGUCGUCGUCGUCUUCGAGUACACCGUCGGUGGCUGUGUGUACAAGGGGUUCAACCGAGCCUUCGCCACGGCCAGUGCCGGUGUGAUCGCGCUUGGCGUGCAUUGGAUCGCCAGCAAGACCGAUGACAAGUUUCAGCCGUUCAUCAGAAGUGGCUCAGUUUUUGUGCUUGCUGCGAUGGCGACGUUCUCGCGCUUCAUCCCGACGGUGAAGGCGCGGUUCGACUACGGCGUCACCAUAUUCAUCCUGACCUACAGCCUGGUGGCGGUGUCGGGCUACCGCGUGGACGCGCUCGUGGCCAUGGCGCAGCAGCGGGUGUGCACCAUCGCCAUCGGCGUCUCCAUGUGCGUCGCGAUCUGCGCGCUCAUCUGCCCCGUGUGGGCCGGCCAGGAGCUGCACCGCGCCACCGUGCGCAACAUGGACAAGCUCGCGGACGCCGUCGAGGCCUGCGUCGAGGGCUACUUCGCCGCCGCCGCCGCCGGGGAGGAGGCGAAGGUCAACUCCAACAAGAAGGCGGCGGAGGGGUACAAGUGCGUGCUCAACUCCAAGGCGUCCGAGGACUCGCAGGCCAACCUGGCGCGGUGGGAGCCCGCGCACGGCAGGUUCGCCUUCCACCACCCGUACGGCCAGUACAGGAACGUCGGCGCCGCCAUGCGCCACUGCGCCUACUGCGUGGAGGCCCUGCGCUGCUGCAUCCGCUCGGCGGAGAUCCAGGCGGCGGCGGCGGCGGCGGCGCCCUGUCACGCCAGGCGGCACCUGGCCGGCGCGUGCGCGCGGGUGGCGGCGCGGUGCGCGACGGCGCUCAGGGCGGCGUCGAGCUCCGUGGACACGAUGACGACGUCGCGGGGCCUGGACUUGGCCGUGGUGGAGAUGAACGCCGCCGUGGAGGAGCUGCAGGCCGACCUGAGGGCGCUCCCGUCCAGGCUGCUGCUGGCCGAGGCGACGACGACGGCAGGGUCGGCGGCGGCGGAGCCCGCGGCCCCGAUGGUAGGCGCGGCGCAGCUGUUCACGAUCACCUCGCUGCUGAUAGAGGUGUCCCUGAGGAUCGAGGGCGUCGUGGACGCCGUCGACACUCUGGCGAACCUCGCCAACUUCGAGUCAGCUGCAGGCGACGAAAACGAAAAGCCCGCGAAAAACGUGAUCAGAGAGUCGGAAGGGAAUGGGACGAUGAAGACGCUUGAGCAGGCCUAA